AGAAGGGGUAGCUCUCCCAGCCAUCUUGUGGCAGCAUCCAGCGAAUUGUUCGCAUCAAGCCUCGUAGAAUCGGAGGUGAAUCCCGCUGAAGGGGCGCCAUCAUGCCCGGACACCUGCAGGAAGGCUUCGGCUGCGUCGUAACCAACCGGUUCGACCAGUUAUUGGACGAUGAGUCCGACCCGUUCGAGAUCCUGAAAGCUGCUGAAAACAAGAAGAAGGAGGGGGCCGCCGCUGGGUCCACCAAGACCGCGGCUCAAGCCGCCAAGCAGCCGAAGAAGGAGUCACAGAAGGACAGAAAGAACCCGCUGCUGGACAAGAAGGAGGAGUCCCAGGCUCCAGUCCCCCUGAAGAAGGAAGGUAUCAGGCGGGUUGGCCGAAGACCAGACCAGCAGGGCCAGCCAGGUUCCCAGCAUCAGGGCGGGCAGGGCGAAGGGCGAACCGGAGACAAGAGGCCGGACCGGAGGCCUCCCCGCGAGCGCCGCUUCGAGAAGCCCAAUGAGGACAAGCCUGAGGGCGGUGGAGAGUUCUCCACAGACAAGCCUUCUGGAGACAGGCCCCCGAGAGGGCGUGGUGGUGGCCGGGGUGGGCGUGGUGGAAGAGGACGGGGCAUGGGCCGAGGAGACGGCUUUGACUCCCGUGGGAAGCGAGACUUUGACAGACACAGCGGCAGUGACAAAUCCAAUCUGAAAAGUGAGGAGAAGCGCAGCGGCAGUGGCUCAAACAACUGGGGCAAUGUGAAGGAUGAAGUGAGCGAGGCUGAACAGACCGCUGCUCCUGAGACGGCCCCAGAGGGGGAGGAAAACGCACCUGCCGGCUCUGAGAACAAGGAGAACGAGGUUGAAGAAGUGAAAAACGAAGGCCCCAAAGAGAUGACCCUGGACGAGUGGAAGGCCAUGCAGGACAAGGAGCGCACCAAGGUGGAGUUCAACAUCCGCAAGCCCAACGAAGGAGCCGACAGCCAGUGGAAGAAGGGAUACGUGCUGCACAAGUCCAAGAGUGAAGAUAGGCCUGUUGGUGCUUUGAUUGACGCCGCAGAGACAGAAGCAGACACACACACUCUGUACCACAAGCAGGCCAACCCCGAUGAGUCCGGCGACCACCACUUCCGCAAACCAGCCAACGACAUCACAUCCCAGCUGGAGAUCAACUUUGGAGACCUGGGCCGCCCCGGCCGCGGGCGCGGGGGAGCUCGCGGUGGCAGGGGAGGCCGCGGAGGGGGAGGCAGCAGGACGGCACGCGGGGGAGGACGGUCUGAAAAGGCUAGCGGAGUGUCAGUCCCCAACGUGGAUGAUCCUGAGGCCUUCCCAGCCCUGGCCUAAAGGCUCCUUUUCCACCACCAGCCCACCCAUCAGCCCUUCCGGGCCCCUCCUCUACGAGGCUUGCAUGCUUACCACAUCUUCAAGUAUAUAAGAAAACAGAGGAAAAAAAAAGAUUUUAAAUGACAAAAAAAGACUGUCAUCCCAUACCACUCACACCACCAGAGGACUAAAAUUUUACCUGUUUUAAAGGAGAACAAAAGACAAAAAAAAGGCGGAAAAAGGACCUCUUGUUACACUGAAGUUUUGUAUUUAGGAACAUGAAAGCAGGGAUGUUUUCAUACUUUUUUUCUUUUUUUCAGAGAUUAUGCAUACUUCAUAAUUCUUUCGAGUCGUUUCUUUUUUUGUGCUGCUUGAAUUUAUGCUUUUCUGCCAUUAGGUUGAAGUGUGUAUAUCUCUCCCCCUGAAGCUUUUGUGCUUUUUUUUUUUUUUUUUUCCCCCCAUUGACUUCAGCUCAGUAUUAUGGGGUCAUCUUAGACAAGAUUUUCUACUGGAGUUUUUCUUCCCAGUAAUUACACACUCAUGUGGUAGCACUACACUACAUAGAAAACUCGUACUAGAUAUCUGACGUAUGGCUAAACAUGCAUUUAAAGUGUAAUUACUCUGAUCCUGACUACCCAUCCCUUUUGCGAGGCACAAAUUCAGGAUGGGUAACAAGGCAAAGUGACUUCCUACUAAAGCUUGGUAUUUUUCUGCUUGUUGUGCAGUGAAAGUAAAUGCCUCGUUUCCUUUAUUUUUUCUUUUUUUUUUUGAUAGCUUGCCUUUUUUUGGUGGACCAGUGGUUAGUAAUGCUUUGUAUCCCCUGAUCCAGAUGUGCUACCUGUGUUUUCAGGGUGUCCCAGGGCCCAAUGUAUAUCUCUAGGCUGGUCCUCAUAGGUCAUACAGACCGUACUACUUGUAUCUUCAGGACCACUAAGCAAAUAUUGUAUUUUUUUGUUAAGGAUAUGUGUGUGCACUUGUGUGUGAGCGUGUGCUACAAAGCGUGAGGUUGAGUGUGUGAAUUUGACAGCUAGUUACUUAGGAUUUAAGUAUUCCUCUACUCUGAACUUGCCAUUCUCAAACAGUAGACUGCAAGUUCUCGUGUCUUUUGAGAAGUGAUUGUUGAAAUCUAGGUCAGAAUGAUAGAUAGACCGUGGACAUAUCUCGCUCUUACAGUAUCUGUAAUGUCUUUCAGAUCUCAAAGCACUUGGUUUUAUCAGCACCAGUCCUCUGAAGAUUGUGCCCCCCCCCCUUCUGUAAACCGUAUUUGCUGUUUUGUAUUUUUAUUUUAUCGGUGCAGCAGCACUAAUGCAUAAUUUGUCUGAAAGAACUGUCGGCUGUCAUUGUGGAACAAUCAUGAGCUACAGAAUGUAACGUAAGCUAAUGGUGCUUUGAGCCGCCUGUGUCAGCAUUUCCAGUGAGCAUUUUAUUUUAAUGAAGCGGGUAUAUUUCACAUCGGGGUGGGGUCGGAGGGGUGGGGUUAAUGAACACAACUGAAUUUAAAGCUUUACAUGCUGCGCUCUGCAAACGCUUGCUGGUGAUGCUCUGAUACAGGAGGCCGGAGCAGUUUUCUUGUAGGACUGUUUGAGCCACAAGACGGUGAAACUUUCUCUGCAAACAUCCCUGUUCUAAUAAAUUGCUUUAGAGGUGUUACAUGUAUCCUGCCGGUGGCUGCUGGGUUGUUUAAGGUCAAUGCUGUGAUUUUAAGGUGCACACAAAAGUGCUGUGGACUCUUAAAUUCUUGAAGCUGUGAUUUCAGUACACUACUCCAAGUUAAACCCAUAUAAAGUUGGGAGGUUAAUGGUCCAGAGAGGAUUGAUUUACACUUAGUUGCCAGUUUAUUAGGCACAGAUAGCUAAAACUAAUGCAGUCUGAUAGAGCAGCUCUGCAAUGAAGGUCCUAAUGUUGAGGCUCUUGUUUUGAGCCUGUUAAAAUUGUACUAAAAAGAGUUCAGAACAUUUAAGCUGCCCUCAUUUGAAUAAUUUGGUUGGACAGAAAGACUUAAACUCAACAUCUUUACAAACUACAGCGUCCAAAAUGAGUCAACACAUCUCUACAGUAACUUCAUGAAGGAAGGGUUUAUGCUACUGCUGGGCCGCUGUGUUGGACUGACCGGUGUUAGCUAGCUGUGCCUAAUGCAACUUUACGUCUUGAACCAACUGACGGUCAUUCGUGUAUAUUGUGCAUUGUCUGUAAAUGUAACUUUCAUAUAAGUAAGUUUUGGGUUUAAGCCCGUUUUACAGUGAAAUUUUAGACCAAAUUCUCUGUUUUGAAAGAUGUAAUGUUGCCUCGUGUCAACCUGAUAAUGUGCGACAUAACGUUAAAUAAUGGAGGCUGUCCGAGAACCUUUCCAUCAGUAAACAUUAAA